AUGCUACACGAGGAUGUAUUUUUUGUCUCUUCUCUAGACUUCCUGUCGGACUGUCUGACGACGCAGUGCCUGGAAUGGAGGGUCGGAUGCCUGGGAACCUUGGCAGCGGAUACCGAUGCACGUGUGUUACGCCGUUGUCCCACGGCCGUUUGCCAAUUCGAGGGCAACCAGUCCGCCUCCGCCUGGAGCAUGCUGGAAGUCGGGCUCCUUUGCCUGCUCUCCGCGAUGAUCCUCUUCACGAUUUUCCUGAUUUGUUGUGGAAACAAUGUCGGCUUCUACGUCUCGGUGCCGCAGAAGCGGUACAGCAGGUGGGAAGAAGGCGACAUCUCCGACGAAGAGGAAGACCAAGAAAUUGCGCUCGGCAAUAUGCAUGACCCAAAAAUGCGACCCUCAAAAACCGCAGAAACGAUCGUGGACGAAACCGAGCCGGGGCAAACUCCAAAUGCUCCAAAUGCCCCAACCUGUAGCCGAUACGGUGUUGUAGCCUUG